AUGUUUGCGAUGCCCAUCAUUUCAUUUGGAUUGGGAUGUUGGCAAGUUCGCAGACUCAAAUGGAAGAAUGACUUGAUUGCAAAGUGUGAAAAUAAUUUGGCUGCUCCUGUUAUUGAAGAACUACCGCCCACCCUCGAUCCUAAUGUCAUAAAUGAAUUUGAAUAUAGACGGUUUAAAUGCAAGGGUAAAUUUGACUAUGAUCAAGAAAUGUUUUUGGGACCAAGGAUCAAAGAUGGUGUGUUGGGAUACCUUGUUGUUACCCCAUUUAUUAGAUCGAAUGGAGGAGAGCCUAUAUUAAUUGAACGUGGUUGGAUUCAUAAGGAUAAGGUGAUACCUUCAACUAGAUCAUCUGGCUAUUUAUCACACUUGGCAAUGCCACAAGGAGAAAUUGAAAUAGAAGCGUUGUUUAGAUGUAUGCCUGAGAGAUCUAACCUACAGUUUGAGCACGAACCGGGAGCAAAGUUGUUCAAUGUUAUUGAUGUUCCCGCCAUGGCUCAACAAAGUGGAUCCUUGCCAAUUUACUGUCAAAUGAUUUAUGAUUUGAGCGACCACUUGGACUACAAAGCCAAGGAAACUUUGGAGGCACAGGGAGCCGAUCCAUCUAUUUUCGGCAAGUUAUUCUUCACCAAAUCCAAAGACGAUUCCAAAGAAAAGUCGUUUUACAUACAAGAUGAAUCUGACGACUCAUUGUUUUAUCAAGAGUUUGAAUUCAUAAAGCAAGGAGUACCAAUUGCAGCCAAACCGACGAUGAAAUUUUCAAAUAAUCAUUUGCAAUACUUGAUCACCUGGUUUGGAGUUUCUAUUGCAAGUGCUGGAUUAUUACUUUACUCUACUUAUAAGAGAAAACAAUUCCUGAGUGCAGAGAGAAUCAUUGAUGCCAAGAGAAAGGAUAUGAAAAAAUUGUUGUAG